GUCCUCUCCUCCUCCAUUAUAACUUUUUUCAGAGAACCUAGAAAAGAAGAGAAGAAGAGAUCCGAGAUGUCGGUAACGUCGACGGUGGAGGAGAACCACCGGAAGAAUCCAUCUUCUUCGCCGGUGGAGGAGAAGAAGAAGAGGAGAUGGGUGUUUUGGGAUAGAAGGUGGAGGAGAUUGGACUAUGUGAAAUUCUCAGCAUCUUUCAUUGUCCAUUCUCUAGCUCUCUUGGCUCCCUUUUAUUUCACAUGGUCGGCUCUUUGGGUUACGUUCUUGUUUUACACCAUCGGUGGUCUUGGUAUCACCGUCUCCUAUCACCGGAACUUGGCUCACCGGAGUUUCAAAGUCCCUAAAUGGCUCGAGUAUCUCUUAGCCUAUUGUGCCCUUCUCGCUAUUCAGGGAGAUCCGAUAGAUUGGGUGAGUACUCAUCGGUACCAUCACCAGUUUACGGAUUCAGAACGUGAUCCUCAUAGUCCCAAGGAAGGUUUUUGGUUUAGUCAUCUUCUAUGGAUCUAUGACUCUGCCUACCUUGUUUCUAAGUGUGGAAAAAGAGCGAAUGUGGAGGAUUUGAAGAGGCAGUGGUUUUAUAGGUUUCUUCAGAAGACAGUGAUGUUUCACAUAUUAGGAUUGGGUCUGAUUCUCUUCUAUCUCGGUGGCAUGUCCUUCGUCACUUGGGGAAUGGGUGUUGGAGCAGCAUUGGAAGUGCACGUGACUUGCCUCAUUAAUUCACUCUGCCAUAUUUGGGGCAGUCGAACUUGGAAGACCAAUGACACUUCUCGCAAUGUUUGGUGGCUAUCGGUGUUUUCAUUUGGAGAGAGCUGGCAUAACAACCAUCAUGCAUUCGAGUCGUCGGCUAGACAAGGACUUGAGUGGUGGCAGAUAGACAUUUCUUGGUACAUUGUUCGGUUUCUUGAGAUUAUCGGUUUAGCCACCGAUGUGAAAGUGCCAACUGAGGCUCAACGUCGUCGUAUGGCUAUUGUUCGUUGAUGAUGACCACCAUUGCGGGAGCACAAAAACAAAAACAAAACAAAGAAAAAAAGAAAGAGAGAUCUAUUUCUAUGUAACUAGAAUCAUUUCUAAUCCUAAAAAAAGAGUUAUUGUUUUUUUUUUUUUAAUUAUAAAAGUUUUGGGUUAAAGCAAAGGACGUUUCCGAUGUGUUUGUUGGAACAAGUUGAUUAAGAUAUAUUUUGUCGUAAUUGGUGGGUAUUUAUAUAAAAUCUUUAGUGAUGGUUUUGAAGGGAGAUUAAUACGUUAA